CUGCUUGGGGAAAUGGGAUUUCCACAGAAGGAACCAGAGCAGGUUUGGUGCGAUACCAUCCGCAUUGCUAAGAACCCUGGAAAUCACAAGACAAACAAGCACAUUGAGAUUCGGUACUUGUUGACUUGGUUGAACUCGGUCGCCUCAAGAUUGCCUACUGUUCGACAACAGAUAUGA